CUCCUCGGGAGGUGCCCGCCGCCGGCUAGGCCCGAGGGGCGGGGGUUGGGCCGUGGCCGCCCCCGGGGACACACCCAUCCAGGAGGGGCUGUCACCGCCAGGGCCUCUGCGGGAGACCCGAGCCCGAUAAGCCCCCUGGAGGGAUGGAAGUGGCUUGGCCAGGCGCCCCGGGAGCUUGCUUAGUGACCUUGGGGGCCUCGUCUGGGUCCUCCCUCUCUGCAAAUGGAGGCUCCGGUGGGCUGCUGUGCCGUCUUCUGCUGCUGGUCGUCCGGUAGGGGAACUCAUCCCUGGGGUUGGACAGGGUCUGGGCCGCCCCAUGUGGCGGCAGAGGUGGGAGAGGGGCUGGCCUUUGAUAGAGGACUAGGUGGGUAGGGAGAAGGGGAGGUGUGCAGAGGGUUUAGGCCCCUAGCUGCACCUGUGCGGAGAGAUCUUGAUACUUGGUUUGGUUCAACAAGUGUCGGCAGGUCUGGGGAGCUGGCCAGCAUAGUGAAGGGCUGGCCCGGGGGAGCUGGGGGAGUAGCCCCAUGGAUACACCUGCACCAGGAGCAAAUCCUGGAGAGUAGGGGAGCCUGGGCCAUGGACACACAGUGAGGAUCCUAGUUGUCAAGGAAGGAAGGCUUCUUGAAGGAGGCAAAAACCUGGAAAGCCUUGAAUAACAGGAGUGUGGUCAGUAAGGCCACCUAGAGGGAAGGAAGGGGCCUAGAUAUAUAUGUACCCACACGUUUCUUCCUUUCUAGGUAGGCUUCUUGGAUUUGGGACUUUUGUGGAGAGUUCUAACAGUUUCCAAACUUUGCUGCCGCUUUCUGUUCUCAUAGAGGGUGUUUUGUCAUCCUCAGUUCUGAGUGUCGGCAGUGCUGUGUCCUAGGGUGCAGGGCCCCAAGGGAGGUAAGGGUCUGGGAUGCCCUGGGGGCUUAUGUUGAUGAGGCUGCUUACCUGACCCUCUGUGGCUUCUGACCUGGGAUCGGAUGCCAGGAAGCGGGCAGAGUGAGUUUCAGUGGGCUGGCAGGCUGGGAAGAGGAGAGAGGAGAGCGUGUGGGUCUGGGGGAGUGUGCCCAGCACCUAGCUGCCUGGUGAGGCAGAAGGAACCUGGUGCCUGAGUGACUGAAGUCUGUUUUCCGGAAUGAUUCUGUUCUGGAUUCUGUGUUGGGGUAUGUGGGGUGUCUGUUUGUGCUAGGCUGUGAUUCCAUCUGCAGAAUGACUGCUGACCUCCAGUGCUGCUGAGCCUUUCCCUUCUCUGGUCAUCAGCAGGUGCAUUUUGGAGGAAAAGGGACUUCAGGUGACAGCCUCUUUGAAGGCAGAGACUCCAUAGUGCUUCUGGGAUGGGUUCCAUUUUGAAGGACCCCAAAGAGUGGUCAGUCUGUUGUGGAACGUGGCAGUGGGGCCAGAAUACCGAGGGUUUUGUUUUUUGUUUUUGUUUUUAGUGAGCUCUGUGCGCAACGUAGGGCUUGCACUCAGAACCCCGAGAUCGAGAGUCGCAUGCUCUACUGACUGAGCCAGCCAGGUGCUCCUGAGUUUUUAAAAUCUCAUGUUAUCAUGUUGAUUACAGACUUUAGAGCCGUUUCCUUAAUAAAUAUUUGAGUGCUCGCUCUGUGCCUGGCACGGGGUGGGGUGGGGGGAGUGUUCAGAGAUGAGCAGAGGGAACUUCGCCUUCCUGCAGUGGACUGUGUGCUUGGGGAGACAGGCACUGAGCAGACAGUUCUGUAAAUAUAUAAAAGUGAGGCGCCGUGAGGGCAGAGUUCAGAGAACUGUGUAAAAGGGGACCCAGGAGGCUACUUCCAGAGGAUCAGUGAAGAAGAGGGGAAGUGAGAGCCGGGGAAAGGGAAUGGCAUGUGCAAAGGUCCGGAGGUGGGACCAGCAUGGGGCCACUGUAUUCCAAAGCCUUGGGGUUUUCUUCUUUUGUGAGUGUGUCCUCGGGUACAGCAGACUGGCCUGUGGGAGUCUGCUCUGGAUGGUCGCCAGGCAGAAGACAGCUCUGCUGGGCUUGGUGUGGUGUCUGAGUUCAGUGUGGAUUUGUAGCCCGAGGCCUGGGUGAGAAAAGCCCUCCUGUGGGCCUGAGGUGGGUGGUGGUUGGGAAACCUUUGCUGAGCACACUCUCAGUGCCCUGAGUGCUGAGGAGGGCUGUGCCCUCCUGGAAGUGGCUGGCGUUACCCACGGCACACGUUUCUACACCUGGGCACCCUCACGUGCCCAAAGAACCAUGGAGACCGAGGAGGUUGGUUUGGGGGAGCGUCUGGAGGCUGGGGUGGCCUGUAGAGGCAUAGCUCUUCACCUGUGACCUUGGAUUCAGUGUCUGUGAAUCCGCAAUCUAGUCAGCUAGAGGGGAGCGUGAGGGGCAGGACAGAGGUGGCCUCUGGGUGCCCACACAUCCCAGCCCCUGGACCCGGGCCUUGGUCUCUGGAAGGCUCUCAUGGGUGCACCGAGGCACCUGCUCUGAAAGUGUGGGCGUGUAAAGCCUCGGCAGCUCCGAGUGGUGCCGAGAACCGGUGCGUGCUGCCUCGUUAGUAGAAAAGCGAGGGGUUGUGGAAUGAGAGCUCGUCACUGAGCAGUUUCCCUGUGGAUACCUGGUGUUCUGAGCCGCUCUCGUGACCCUGCACGUCUCCAUGUGGGGCGCCCCUGUCCCGUUGGAGGAGUUCCGCGGCAGAUGCUGUCCACUGCUGGAGCCCGAUGAGCUGCGCUGGGCCCACCUGCCCCACAUGGCCCGAUGUUGCAGGAUCCUUCUGGUGGUCGUGCCGUCAUCCCAGGGUGCUGGGGUUGCUGUGUUUGCAGUGGGCUCAGAUCACUUCGGGAGUGGCCCACUUUAGGUCUGAAACGCUGACGGGGCUGGGGGGUAGGCUCCUCAAGUUUUCACUCAAGAAGGAACCCCAGAAACCGACCUGUCAAAACUGUGACUCUGUCCUGCCCUUGGAUCUCCACAGGCUGGUGGGGGGUGUGCACCUGGGAGGGAGGCGCGGUCCCGCCCCCACCCCCACCCCCACCCCCGAGCCCUCGGGUCUGGGCCGUGCCGCCGCGUGGCUCUGUCUCCGGAGCACCUGGGCUGAGGCAGCUGUGACACUGGUGUGAGUGGCACCCUGGAAGCCACUGGGCCUUUGACAGUUCCCUCCUGGGAUUCUCUGAUCCUUAAACUUGAAGAGCCGUUAAAGGGCAUUUUAGGUUGUAUCUGCUGGUCCGGCGAUGAAGCAAGUCUCCACGAGCUGCUGAACUUUUCCCGAAUGCCCUGGAUGGAGUGAGGGGCCAGGGAGACGCAGGGGGCAGUGCAGACCCACGACGUCUUGUGUCGCUGCCUCUGGCAAAUAGGAGCCCGACCGGCCUGCCUUCCAGGCGGUGGCGAAUGAGCCCGCCUGUCUUACCUGUCACCCCUGCCCGAGCCCGGGCCUUUCCUCCCGCACCCCUGCUGGCACAGUGUCGGUGUGCAGAGGUGGGUCCCCCGGAUGGAGGUGGGCUGUUGCUCACAGGCCGCACUCGCCCCUUGCAGCCAGAUGUGGGCCACCCUCGGCCGUGUGGCCUGGACCCCCUGCUUCUCACAGGCCCUGAGGAUGAAGACCUAGGCUAAAUCCCUGAUUUACUCCUAGACUGCACAGCAGUUCGUGCCCUGCACAGAAUUGCUGGCAAGAAGGAGCUGAGGCUGCAUAAUGGGGUCACAGAGAGGGGCUCUGUGGUUAGUCUUUCUGGGCACAGAGUGUCCCAGUUGUGCCUCAUGAGAGCACGGGAAGAGCCUCGGUCCUUCCUCCUCUGGUGCGUCACUAUCUAGUGGGGGAGAUAAGUCCUGCCUCCCGGGGGACGGAGGGAGGCCCGAGGAGCAGCGCGUGGGAGCGAGCGGGGGGUGGGGGCGGCUCAUCCCCGCUGCCCGUCUGUGUUUCAGGCCGAGCUGAGGCUUUCCUCCGGAGAAGAUGGCAGCUCUUCGUACGACCCCGGACUCACCAGCCACGCAGCUGGCGAAGGCGGAGGAUGGGUUGGGAUGUGGUCCUGCUCAGGAGGAAGAAGAGGAAGAAGAAAAGGGGGAAGAGGUGGAGCUGGAGGAGGAGGAGGAGCUCCUAGCGGAGGACGGGGAGGACCAGGCGGUGGUGGAGGAGGAAGAGGAGGAGGGGGGGCAGGCAGGGCACGUGGAGCAGGUGGAGGUGGAGGUGGAGGCGGACGAGGACGAGGUGGUGGCAGAGGAGCAGAGUCCCACGUUGGGGACCCAGGGACGCCUUCGCCGUGCCGGUGAUGCCAAGUCCCCAGUUCUUCAGGAAAAGGCCUUGCAGGCCAGCCGGGCUCCAGCCACACCUAGGGAUGAGGACCUGGAUGAGGAUGAGGAGGACGAGGACGAGGAGGACGAGGACGAGGAAGAUGAUGACGAUUCCCUGACAGCUGGGUCUCAGGGGCUGGUCACCUUUGAAGACGUGGCUGUGUAUUUCUCGCUGGAGGAGUGGGAGAGGCUGGACGCAGGCGAGCGGGACCUUUACAAGGAUGUCAUGCAGGAGAACUAUGGGAUCCUGGUGUCCUUGGGAUACCCAAUCCCCAAGCCGGAUCUGAUCUUCCGGCUGGAACAAGGGGAGGAGCCCUGGGUCCCAGAUAGCCCCCGUCCUGAGGAAGGAGACAUUGUCACUGGCGUCUACACAGGGGCCUGGUUCUGGACCGACGAUAUAGAGGACCACGAGGAGGAGGAGGACGAGGACUUCCUGGCGGAGGUGGCCGAGGAGGAGAACGAGCCCCCGGGGCUCUGGUCAGCAGCUUAUGGCGUGGGGGACGUGCCUGGGACAUGGGGCCCCGAUGACUCGGAUUCGGCGCAGACUCCGGAGGGUUGGGGUCCCGACCCCGGGGGCCUCGGGGUUCUGGCCGAGGGGUCCGAGGCGAAGCCUUUCCUGCCGGGCCGGGAGCCUGGCGCGAACCUGCUGGCACCCUGGGCGUUCCCUGCCACCGUGGCUGCUCCGGCAGGGCGGCCCGAGACCACGUGCGACGUGUGCGGCAAAGUGUUCCCGCACCGGUCCCGGCUGGCCAAGCACCAGCGCUACCACGCGGCCGUCAAGCCCUUCGGCUGCGACGAGUGCGGCAAGGGCUUCGUGUACCGCUCGCACCUGGCCAUCCACCAGCGCACGCACACCGGAGAGAAGCCCUUCCCGUGCCCGGACUGCGGCAAGCGCUUCGUCUACAAGUCGCACCUGGUCACGCACCGGCGCAUCCACACGGGCGAGCGGCCCUACCGCUGCGCCUUCUGCGGUGCGGGCUUCGGGCGCCGCUCCUACCUGGUCACGCACCAGCGCACGCACACCGGAGAGCGGCCCUACCCGUGCCCGCACUGCGGCCGCAGCUUCAGCCAGAGCUCGGCGCUUGCGCGGCACCAGGCGGUGCACACGGCCGACCGGCCGCACUGCUGCCCCGACUGCGGCCAGGCCUUCCGCCUGCGCGCCGACUUCCAGCGCCACCGGCGCGGCGGCGGUUGCACGGAGCCCGGCGGCGAGGGCCCUCGGCGGGAGGCCUGCGACGCGGUCCCUGCGGCGGGGCCCGAGGAGGCCGAGGCCGGGCCUGAGGGGCCGGAGGAGGCCGAGGCCGGCGAAGCGGACGGAGAGGCCGAGGUGGAGGCGAGAGAGGAGGCGGCGGCGGUGGGGCCCACCCCCGGGAGCAAGGAGGACCCCGAGCCGGACAGGCGGUUCCUCGAGGUGGGCAACGGCCUGGGGGAGGGCGAAGGCCCUUCCUCGCACCCCCUCGGCUUCCACUUUCCCGUGCACCCUAAGUCCUGGCUCCACCCGGACGGCUUCCCGAUCCUGGGCCUCCCGGACUUCGGGGACCGGCUGCCGGCAGACGGGCGUCCCCUGCCGGGACCCCUGGGGGGCCGGCUCGCCCUGGUGGAGGGCGCGGGGCUGGCCUGCGACCCCUUCGGCGGCAGCGGACCGGGGGGCGGCGGCGGCGGCGGCGGCGGCGGGCUCCGCGCGUUCGCGCCGGCCGUCGGGGGGCUGCUGGCCGAGCCUGCGCCCGCGGCGCUGGCCGAGGAGGAGAGCCCGUGGAUCUGCUCCGACUGCGGCAAGACGUUCGGGCGCCGGGCGGCGCUGGCCAAGCACCAGCGCUACCACGCGGGCGAGCGGCCGCACCGCUGCGCGGACUGCGGCAAGAGCUUCGUGUACGGCUCGCACCUGGCGCGCCACCGCCGCACGCACACGGGCGAGCGGCCCUUCCCGUGCCCCGAGUGCGGCGCGCGCUUCGCCCGCGGCUCGCACCUGGCGGCGCACGUGCGCGGCCACACGGGCGAGAAGCCUUUCGUGUGCGGCGUGUGCGGCGCGGGCUUCAGCCGGCGCGCGCACCUGACGGCGCACGGGCGCGCGCACACGGGCGAGCGGCCCUACGCGUGCGGCGAGUGCGGCCGCCGCUUCGGGCAGAGCGCGGCGCUGACGCGGCACCAGUGGGCGCACGCCGAGGAGAAGCCGCACCGCUGCCCCGACUGCGGCAAGGGCUUCGGCCACAGCUCAGACUUCAAGCGGCACCGACGCACGCACACGGGCGAGAAGCCCUUCCGCUGCACGGACUGCGGCCGCGGCUUCGCGCAGCGCUCCAACCUGGCCAAGCACCGGCGCGGCCACACGGGCGAGCGGCCCUUCCCGUGCCCCGAGUGCGGCAAGCGCUUCUCGCAGCGCUCGGUGCUCGUCACGCACCAGCGCACGCACACGGGCGAGCGGCCGUACGCCUGCGCCAACUGCGGCCGCCGCUUCUCGCAGAGCUCGCACCUGCUCACCCACAUGAAGACGCACCGCAGCGCGGCCGGCGCCCCCGGCUCGGCGGCCGCGCCCCCCGCGUCCAAGGCCGAGGCGCCCGCCAAGGGGCCGCCGGGCGCGGGCAGCGGGCCCGGGGAGCGCGGCAGCACCCUGCUGGAGUUCGCGGGCGGAACGAGCUUCGGCUCCGAGCCCGCGGCCGCCUUCGCGGGGCCCUCGGGCGCCUACGAGGAGAGCAUCCUGUGAUGGCCCGAGGCUGACGGAGGCGCAGCCCGCUGGGCCGCCGGCCCCUUGCUCCUCUGUCCUUGGGGUGCUGAGGGCCCCAGUCCUGGUGCGGUGCCUUCCCCUCAGCCCCCGGCGCACCGCCCCGCCCGCCCCCGCCCGGCCUCGGGCGCCCCUCCUGCCCCGCCCCGGGGAAACCGGGCCGCCAAGCCCGUCCGGCCGUACAGGGGGCGCGCGGGGAGAGGAGAGCCGCGCGCGCGGAGGAGGCGAGGGCAGGGGGCGGCCACCCCGACCAAGACUGCGGCAUCCCUGGGUCUGUGCUGUGAAGCCAAGCGGUAGGGAUGGCGGGCGAUGUUAUUUAUUUCACUCGGAUUCCAAUUUGGGUGGCCUGGGGUACCCGCGGCCGACGAGUUUGUGAGCGGGUUGUACAGCGAGGGCGGGGAUGCCCUAGCGUCAAGGGGAGGGGAGGGUGGUCGAGGGCAGAGCAUCCCGCUCCUCCUCCCGUGGGUUCGGCUGACGACUUCUUCCAUUCCUCAGUGAGAGACUUCAGGGACCUUCUGGUCAUUUGAGUGUGUCCGGGAAGUUUUAGGGACUGCGCGUGGCUAAGGGGAAGCCUUAGGGUUUCCAGAGGACGAUGUUCCUCCCUACCCCGGGGGGACAGACAUGCAGCUAGGAGAGCUUUUAUUCUGUCUACUGUGGAUAUUUAUUUCCAUCUCUUGUGUGGCCUGAAGAAUCUGGGAGGAGAAAACGGCAGAAACCAAAUUUGUGGCCCCAGGCUGGUGGGUUGCAGGUGUUUGCAGGGUCCUGAGGGAGUUUGAAGCCUUAUUCUGGGGAGAGUCACCCACUCUCCCCACCCCACUGGAGCACCCGGAUCAGCCAGGCACUCGUGUUGCCGGGUGGGUUUCGGUCUCAGCCUCGUCUUCGAGCCCUUCGGUACUCUCACCCCCGACAGCCAGAGGCGGCACACUCAGAGAUCCUUGGGGGCCUCUUGCCCGCUGCUGAGCCAAGGCCCCAGCCUUCAGCUGCCUGGGCUGUCCCCUCCCCUGGGGCAGGUGGACACACAAGGCCCUGCCCUCUGAGCCCAAUGCUUCUUUAGAUUUAAUAACCAACUGUAAAGCAGCAGGUCGGCAGCAGGAUCGUUUCUCACAACCCUACGGGCUUGGGGCCCUGUGAUGUCUGCAGGUCCCUUUAACUCUGCUUCUGUCACUAUUCUGUACUAGAAGCAAGUAGUGUUUCCGUUUAGAAUCCCAUUUCACAGGAUGGACAGUCUGCACAGUGGCAGUCCACCUCUGGGGGUGCGGACUUGAGCCUGUGGCUCAGUGACAAGCCAGGCACCCAGCUAUGCAAGGCCCGCACCUGGUGGGCACCCCACCCUCCGGGUUGGGCCAUUGGGAGCCACUGGGCAGGCAGCUGAAGUGUGGCUCACGUGAGAGCCCUCUCUUCCCUCAUGCCUUUUGGGCCAAUGUGAGUGGGGCCAGAAAACAGACUUUGAAACAACUGCAUUCCCUUUUAGACCUAGUUCCUUCUGUUUUAGUGUAGGCAAUGGCCUUGGGGCCUGAGAGCCAGCAGCCGGGCUCUCCAGCGCUGGGGGCGGGGUAGGAAGCGCAGUAGUUGGUGGGGGGGGGCGGGGGCGUGGACGGUGGUGGUAAGAAUUCGCCUGGCUGGAUGAGGUGACGGGGUGGGGUGGGCGACGAGGAGGACAGGGGUCCCGGGAGGCGUCCGCAGUACUGGGCGAUGCUUUCCUGCCCUCAGUUUCUUUGCUCUCCCUGUGGGCCGGGAACGUCGGGGGCCAAGGGCAAGGCGGACUAGCCCUGCACGGCCGGGGUCCGGCUCCGUGCUCCUCCCUCCGUGCACAGCCCUCAGAGUACGACCUGACCUUCGGUGCCCCUCCUGGGCCCCAGCUGCUGCUGCCUGGCCGCGGAGCCAUCGGCAGGAGGACCUAGCUUUAAUAAAGAGUGGAGAAAUGAGCUUUCUGACUGCAUUCCGUGUUGUUGCCGCUCGGCUCCUCCGUGCCCUCAGGGAGGCUCUCUGUGAGGGCUCAGGCCUUGUUUUUGCAAAAAAGAAAAAGAAGAAAAAAGGGUUUUUGUUGUUGUUGUUGUUGUUUGUUUUUUUAAGGAGUUUCUCCUUUCAGAAACUAAAAUUGGCCUCCGAGGAGUCAGCCCACGAUGAGCUUUGGCCUGCAACCUGUGUCCACCACGUCUCUCUGGGAGUCCCCAGCCACACUGCCACAUGCUCUUUGUAAUACACCCAUCCUGGAACCUUACUGUGUUUGGGAUUGUUUGCUCCAGCUUUCCCGCGGUCAAAGGAGAGGGGCCAGGUCCCCUUCCUGGGGGUCCAGACACCUGCCGAGUCCCAGACAUUUCCUCAGAGGCCCCAGCGCUUCGUGGGCUUAUCCGGGCUUACCUGCUCUGUGCCGGGGAGAAGCGCACAUCCCAGGACCCCAAACACCUUCCUUUGAGCUGAUUUACUGACUAUCUGCUCACCACAUGAUGUCCCCCCAACCAGAUCUGACCUCCCACCCUUUCCCCAAGCAUUUGGAAAAUACAAACUAUGAAGUAAAUUCUCUUCCAAAUGUGAUUUCGAAGCAUCAGAACCGAGCCCAAUAUUUCAGUUAAAAAAAAAAAAAGGCUUUGAGAGGCAAAUGGAGGUUAAGACCUAGUUAAAAAUUGAUAGCCUUGAGGAUCUUGAAGUCUAUUCAGAAAAGGUAAAUUCUUCCCUGAUAGGGCUUACAGACGUCCAGCCAAAUUCUUUUUUAUUUGGGGGAUGGGGGGGGGGCAAUCCUGAUGGUCAUAGAAAAAAAAACCCUUCUGGUGUUGAGAGGACUUCUAAAUUAAUGGAGUCCCUAAUCAAUUCCCCAAGUAUCAGUUUAUCAGCUUCGAUCAUUGCCAAGGAGUGGAAGCCCCCGUGAGUUGUGACCCAUGAAAGGAGGUACUCUGAGAGUUUUGAGGCUCUGAGCAUCCCUCUGGCCUCCACCCACCUUUGUCAUUUUCCUGUUUGUCUACUGCUUGUAUUUCCCCAACCUCCUCCCUGUCUCCUGACCCUUACACUUGAUCUCUUCAGACACUUCCUUCUAACUUUUUUUCUUUCUCUAAUUGGCUACAUAUGGAAUAAAGUAUUUUGAGAUUUUUUGGUUAUAUUUAUUAAAUAAAGCUUUAUGAUCCUUGUUCAUUAUUUAAUUUUUUUCCUGAUGAUAAAGCACAUGCUAGUUGUCAAAACUCCCAACAGUAGAAAA